AAUUAAUUUACUUCUCUUAAAUGUAAUCUAUUUAUUGGCUAUCUUUUGUAAAUAAAAUAAAGUUAUUUAAAUUUUAUCAAUAUUGUAAAAAUAAAAAAGUAUUAUUUUUGUUAAAUAAAAAUAUGAUAAAAUAUAUAUAUAUAUAUUUCUCUUUUGUUUAUCACAUAUCCGCGUUUCAAGUCAAAGAAAGGAACAUUUUUGUCAUACAUAAUCAUGCAUAUUUUGACCUAGUCAAGAAAGUAAUACGAGGAGGGGUCAAGAAACGUAAUUUUUGUCAUUGAGGGAGUUGCGUGAGAAUUUUCAGUCCACCAAUUUACUAUAUAUGUCAGUUACUGCACAUGUUACCCCAAUUUUUUUUUAUUAUGAUGGCCAUAUUAAUAAUUAUGGCGCAUUUGCUUGGGAAUUUUUUUCUUUAAAUUAAUGAUUUUCGAAUAUAUAAUUCUGGCCAAAAUUUUCUUAAUUCUGGCAAAAAUCGUAAUUCCGGCUUAAAUUUGGGUCAAAUGUAACAUUGCAAUUUAUACAAUAUAAUAUUUUAACUGUUAUCAUUCAAAAUAUUU